AUGGAGAACAGCAGUUCUGGGCUGAGGAAUGGGGACAUCUUGGAGGACCCUGGGGCUGAGGGAUGGGAACCUUCUUCAGACCCAGCCUCUGAUUUGUUUCCAGGGACCCUCCCCAAACUCACCAUAUGGGCUGAGCCAGACUCUGUGAUCACCUGGGGGAGGUCAGUGAACAUCUGCUGUCAGGCAGCCCUGGAGGCCCAGGAGGACCAUCUGGAUGAAGAGGGAAGACCAGCAUACUGGGUCAGACAGAGCCCACUGGAGCCCGAGAAUAAGACCAAGUUCUCCACCCCAUCCACGACAGAGCACUAUGCAGGGCGAUGUCACUGUUACUAUCACAGCCCUGCUGGCUGGUCAGAGCACAGUGACCCUCUGGAGCUGGUGGUGACAGGAGUCUACAGCAAACCUAGCCUCUCAGCCCUGCCCAGCCCUGUUGUGACCUCAGGAGGGAAUGUGACCCUCCAGUGUGGUUCAGGGCUGGGAUUUAGCAGGUUUGUUCUGAUUAAGGAAGGAACACAGAAGCCCUUCUGGAUCGGGGACUCACAGCAACACUAUUAUGGGCUGUUCCAACCCCUGUUACCUGUGGGCCCCAUGACCACAAGCCAGAGGUGGACAUUCAGAUGCUACAGCUAUGACAGGAACAAACCCCAGGUGUGGUCGGAACACAGCAAUACCCUGGAGCUCCUGGUUUUGGAUUUGUCCAGGAAGCCCUACCUCCUGACCCAGCAGGGCCUUGUCAUAGCCUCUGGAGAGAGUCUGACCCUCCAGUGUCGCUCUGAUGUCAGCUACGACAGAUUCACUCUGUCCAAGGAGGGAGGAUGUGAUCGCUCCCAGCGCCCUGACCAGCAGUGUCAGGCUGGGCUCUCUCAGGCUGACUUUCCCCUGGACCCUGGGAAUGGCUCCCAUGGGGGCAGAUACAGGUGCUACAGUGCACGCAACCUGUCCUCUGAGUCAUCGGCCCCCAGUGACACCCUGGACAUCCUGAUCGCAGGUCAGCUCCAUGACAGACCCUGCCUCUCCAUGAAGCUGGGCCCCAAGGUGGCCUCGGGAGUGAACGUGACCCUGCUGUGUCAGACAUGGAGCCCAAUGGCCUUUCUUCUGUCCAAAGUGGGGAGAAACGAUACCCCUCUGUGUCUUAGAUCGAAGUACAGAGCUCAGCAGUACCAGGCCAAAUUCUCCAUGAGACCUGAGACGUCAUCUCACGGGGGGACUUACAGGUGCUAUGGCUCACAAAGUAACUUCCCCUACCUGUUGUCAAACCCCAGUGACCCUCUGGAGCUUGUGGUCUCAGGUUUGUCCAAGAAGCCCUACCUGGUGACCCAGCACAGCCUUUUCAUGGCCUCUGGAGAGAGUCUGGCCCUCCAGUGUCUCUCUGAUGUCAGCUAUGACAGACUCACUCUGUCCAAGGAGGGGGGAUGUGAUCUCUCCCAGCGCCCUGGCCAGCAGUGUCAGGCUGGGCUCUCUCAGGCUGACUUUCCCCUGGACCCUGGGAGUGGCUCCCAUGGGGGCAGAUACAGGUGCUACGGUGCACGCAACCUAUCCUCUGAGUGGUCGGCCCCCAGUGACUCCCUGGACAUCCUGAUGGCCGGUCAGCUCCAUGACAGACCCUGCCUCUCCAUGAAGCUGGGCCCCAAGGUGGCCUCGGGAGUGAACGUGACCCUGCUGUGUCAGACAUGGAGCCCAAUGGCCUUUCUUCUGUCCAAAGUGGGGAGAAACGAUCCCCCUCUGUGUCUUAGAUCAAAGUACAGAGCUCAGCAGUACCAGGCCAAAUUCUCCAUGAGACUUGAGAUGUCAUCUCACCGGGGGACUUACAGGUGCUAUGGCUCACAAAGCAACUUCCCCAACCUGUUGUCAAACCCCAGUGACCCUCUGGAGCUUGUGGUCUCAGGAUCCUCUGGGGUCCCAAGCCCCCUACCCACAGAGCCCAGCUCAACAGCUGGAGGCCCCGAGGAUCACCACCUCACAUCCAAAGAGUCAGGUUCCCAGGGUGGUCAAGAAAAGUACCAGAACGCUCCGAUCAGGUUCUCUGUGGCCUUCAUCCUGCUGAUCUUCCUCCUCCUCUUUCUUCUCAUCCAGAACCACUGUCAGGGCAAAUGCAAGAAGUCAGUGUGUGCCAUGAAGGACACACAUCCUGAGGAUGCCGUGAAGCUGGACAGUCGGCAGAGCCUCGAAGAUGAAGACUUCCAGGGGGUGACAUACGCCCAGGUAAAUCACUCCAGAUUCAGGCAGGAAGUGGCCAUCCUGCCUCCCCCUCCCCCACCCGGGGACUUGCUGGACACUAAGGACAGACAGAUGAACAGUCAGGCUGCUGCAUCUGAAGCCCACGAUGUGAUUUACGCCAAGCCAGACAGAUUCAAGCCCAGAUGGGAGACAACAACAUCUUCCUCCCAGGAAGGGGAGUUCCCAACUGAUCCCAGUGUGUAUGUUGCUCUGCCAGAGUGGAGAUCUGACAUGGACAGCCAGGAACUUCUGAGACCUUUCGGAGGUCACCUGAUUCUGCAGUGA